GAGCUGCGCGCGGAUGCGGAGUGGACCCGUGCACUCUCGUGGACGCGUGUGUGGAUGUGCGCGCGCGGAGCCGGUGGGCGUGCAGCGGGAAUCGGAGCGAGUGACAGCAGCUUCGGGGGGGUGGUGGUCCUGCGGGCCGGAGCUCAUCACCAUCGUCACCAUCAUCUACCCGUCAUCACCAUCGAAUCCUCCUCAUCAUCAUCAUCUUCAUCUGCUGCCCUCUGAUCCGAUCUCGUCCGACCGGUGGGAGGGGGGGGGGGUGUCUCCGUAUCGAUCACUGGCGUGCACGACCGGGGGGGGCAGCAUGCAGUGGCACGACGCGCGGACGCUCCUCCGGUGGGCUUCGAACCUGUGUCCGCUCCUGCUGGGGGUCGCCGCCUUCAACGUGGACGUGGAGAAGCCCACCGUGUACGGCGGACCCGCAGGCAGCUACUUCGGCUAUUCCGUGGAUUUUUACACCCAGACAGGGCACGGUGUCAGCGUCCUGGUCGGCGCUCCGAAGGCUAACACCUCCCAGCCGGGGAUAGUGGAGGGGGGGGCCGUGUACCACUGCCCCUGGCCAGGCCCGGAGCCCCCCCCCUCGAACCCGAGUCGCUCGGACCCCGACUCCUGCAGGCAGAUCCCCUUCGACACGGCCAACAACAGGAUGAUCAAAGUGAACGGCACCCGGGAGCCUCUGGAGUUCAAGUCCCACCAGUGGUUCGGAGCCUCCGUCCGCGCGCACAGGGGCCAAGUGGUGGCGUGUGCCCCACUCUACCAGUGGAGGACGGUGAAGAUGGGCGGCGAGAAGGACCCCGUGGGCACGUGCUAUGUGGCCGUGCAGAACUUCAGCGCCUACGCCGAGUACUCGCCCUGUCGUUCCCAGGAUCCGGACCCAGAAGGACAGGGCUUCUGCCAGGCCGGCUUCAGUGUGGACUUCACCAAGGAGGGGACCUUGGUGAUCGGCGGACCGGGGAGUUUCUACUGGCAAGGUCAGGUGAUAACGGCGGGCGUGGCGGAAAUCCUCAACGGCUACUCGCUGAAGGCCAUCCUGAGGAAGGUGAGCGGGGAGAAGCAGACGGCGGCCGCCUCCGACAGCCACGACGACAGCUACCUGGGCUAUUCUGUGGCGGUGGGAGAAUUCACGGGUGACUCGGAGCAAGAGCUCAUCGCUGGGGUGCCAAGGGGUGCGCAGAACUUCGGCUACGUGGCUGUUCUAAAUUCCACCAACUUAACCUUCAUUCAGAAUUUCACAGGAGAACAGAUGGCCUCGUAUUUUGGCUACACGGUCGCUGUGUCGGACCUUAAUGGGGACGGCUUGGAUGACCUUCUGGUGGGCGCUCCCCUCUACAUGGACCGGGAGCUGGAGAGCAAACCCCGGGAGCUGGGCCGUGUCUACGCGUACCUUCAGGAGGGAGACCUUCUCUUCUCAGAGCCCAUCGUCCUCUCUGGGACCGACGUGUUUGGGCGCUUCGGCAGCUCCGUGGCCUCCCUGGGUGAUCUGAACCAGGACGGAUUUCAUGACAUUGCCGUGGGGGCUCCCUUCGCAGGGGAGGACCGUAGGGGCCGCGUCUUCAUCUACAACGGCCGCAGCGAUGGACUCAAGCCGCAGGCCUCCCAAGUACUGGAGGGACCUUGGGCGUCCCAGUCCACGCCAGCAGGCUUUGGCUUCACCCUCAGGGGGGGAUCCGACGUGGACAAGAACGAAUAUCCAGAUCUGAUCGUCGGAGCCUUCGGUGUGGGGAAAACUGUUGUCUACAGGGCCCGGCCUGUGGUGACCGUGGAAGCUCGCAUGGUCCUCAGCCCAGACAUCCUCAACCCAGAGGACAAGAGCUGCCAGCUGCCGGGCUCAGAGACUAUGGUGACCUGUCUGACGGUGGAGGUCUGCACCAAGGUCUCAGGCACUGGCAUUCCUGAUGUCAUAGCCUUGAACGCAGAGCUGCACUUGGACUGGCUCAAGCAGAAAGGAGCCAUUAAGAGGGUCCUGUUCCUCCACAACAACCAGCACCACCACCAGGGGAAACUCGUCAUUGACAAGAGGAAGAAGCAGGAGUGCCAGAACUACCCCAUAUAUCUCCGGGAGGAGAGCGAGUUCCGGGACAAACUGAGUCCGAUCAGCGUGGCGCUGAACUACGGCUUGGACGAGAGCAGCCCUCUGCCCGGGCUGAGUCUGAGACCCAUCUUGGACCCGUACGGCAAGGCCUUCGUUCAGAAGCAGGCCAACAUCCUUCUAGACUGUGGUGAGGACAACAUGUGUGUCCCCGAUCUCCGGCUGUCCGCCACCAUGGACAGAGAGCAGCUGGUCAUCGGUGACGACAACCUGCUCGCGCUGACCAUCGGCGCGGCCAACCGCGGCGAGGGGGCGUACGAGGCGGAGCUGCGCGUGCUCAUCCCGCCCGAGGCGGACUACAUCGGAGUGGAGCGUCAACGAGAGGCCCUACAGAGGCUGAGCUGCGAGUACCGGAUGGAGAACGUCACCCGCAUGGUGCUCUGCGACCUCGGCAACCCCAUGGUGGCACAUACCAACCUGUCCGUGGGCCUGCGCUUCUCCGUCCAGCGCCUGGAGGAGGUGGGGCCCAACAUCAGGUUCGACCUGCAGAUCCGAAGCUCCAACAAGGACAACCCGCACAGCAACCCCGUGAGCUUGACGCUGGACAUCGCGGUGAAGACGCAAGUCGAUAUACGCGGCGUGUCCCACCCAGCCCAGGUGGUCCUGCCUUUCCCCCGCUGGGAGCCCAAGGAGCAGCCCGCCAAGGAGGAGGACGUCGGCCCCCAGGUCCAGCACAUCUACGAGCUGCACAACCAGGGCCCCAGCUCCAUCAGCAGCACCCUGCUGGAGAUAGGUUGGCCAAGCCGAUACCGCGACGAACAUCUCCUCUACGCCCUGGAGGUCCUCACCGAUGGGCCCAUCAAGUGCAGGACCAACACCUCGCUCAACCCUCUGGACCUGGAGAUAUCGAGACUCCAGGACACACCUGAGCUACUGGGCUUCCUGCGAAACACAAGCUCCCCGCCGGUGCGACGCAGGCGCUCGGUUGGCACAUCCGGUGUCUACAGCAGCAAGACCCUGAACUGCAGUAACGUCCACUGCCUGGUGGUGGCGUGCCACGUGAGCCGGCUGGAGCGCGGGCGGAGCGCCGUGGUGAAGAUCCGCUCGCGUCUCUGGGCCCUGACCUUCCUGCAGAGGCACAACGACCCCUACGUGCUGAACUCCACCGUGUCCUUCCGAGUGACGGACGUGCCGUACCGCGUCAAGCCCAAGAGGCUUCCGCACGAGGCCAAGUCUAUCGGCACCUUUGUGGUGUGGGCCACGCCCGAUGUCUCCUUCGCCAUCCCGCUCUGGGUCAUCAUCCUGGCCAUCCUGCUCGGCUUGCUGGUCCUCGCCAUCCUCUCCCUGAUUUUGUGGAAGUGCGGCUUCUUCGACCGGGCGCGACCGCCGAAGGACGACGUGUCUGACCAGGAGCAGCUGACGUCAGAGAAGGCCACCGAGGCAUGAGAAGA